AUGCCACAAAAGGCAUAUUCUCGGGCUUGGGGGAGUCGUCUAACUGGUGCAGAAAUCCGACGUGAAGAGAGACGUCGAAAUCGCCGUGUCAUUCUCGGCAAUAAUUAUGAAUCCCCUCCGCGUCCACCUUCUAACGCGGUGAACGAGUCGCGAACAGCAGCAAAUUAUGAGGAGUAUGAGGAGUCUCCAUCUGAUCAAAUGCUUGCUCUUCCAGAUUACGAUGAAAUGUAUGAUGAAGACACUGCAGAGGCUGUAGCAUACCUGCGCAUGGUUCGAUCCGAGGCGAAUGCUAUUCCUAGCACCAUUUCAUCUCAACCCGUGUUUGGCGAUAGUAAGUUCCCACUUGGUUUCAACCAAGAUGAGGCCUUCAUCGCUCCGGCGCUCAACAUGCCCGCUGUGAUUGAUCAAAUCCCCGAGUCGCAAUCAUCCUACUACGAAAUGCUAGAACACCGGUUUAACCUGCUUCGUGCUACUCUCAGGUGCAAGCCACCUGCCGCCGUGGUCGCUUCACUCGACGACAAUCACCCCACCACCACCCCUAAUGGAGGAUACAUCGUUGCUCGCAAGCACUGGCGGCGCUUCAUGAUGACAACGGACCCGCAGUUGGCUCAGCUGGCCAUGAUGGACACGCGCGCUGUUUUCAUGCUAAUUGAUGCGUUAACACGUCGUUUGUCGGAGGUAAUACGAACUGGGAACGAACAUGCUAUUAAAAGUCACAGCGCCUGGGUUUGGGGUAUCCUGGGACGGCUCGAUGAUGUCGAAGUUUUGUCAGGUUCCCAGAUUGCAGAUAUUCGUAAGCUCGCCCAACGUGCCCAAACAAUACUCUCAAAGAUUCUUGAGGAUGAGAAAGCAAGACUUCGGAAGGCGGAGGACUUGAAUAAUGCCGAUAAGGUCAAGUCGAACCUGGAAGAUGAUACUUUAUCUCGCGAUUCUGAUUCAGAAAUGCCAGAUGCUGAUCAUGAUGUCGAGCUUGAUGCUGCAAAAGCUAGGUUGCAGGAAAAAAUCAAGGGUAGACAUGAUUCUGCUGGAUCGGAGACUCGAUGCAUGCUUGACAUGAUCAUCACUAUCAUUGGCAAGUUCUUCAGCCAGCGGGAUAUUCUUGAUCAGCGGGAGAUAUGGUAG